GCGCAGACGGGUAGCGCAUAUAAAAGCCGCUGGCUCGAUGGCAACGAGCAUCACAAGACGGCCAACCGCGCUACCGAGCAGACGAGUCCAGUUCGAGAGGGUUCCAAAAUCCAGUCGGAAAGUGUAGUUCAGCAGUCAGUUCAGAAGUUCAGAACGUUCCCCAUUUCCGGUUGCAACUGUGGAGAGCCAAUAAAAGCUCAAUAAAGAAAACAACCAGCGAUAAAUCAAACGAAAAAAAAAACCAACACAAUAAUGUCGAUCUCCGAUUUCCGCAAAAAGAAGCUGCUUUUUCUGUUCAAUGUGUUUUUUGAUGUGAACCAAAGCGGCGAAAUCGACGUUAAGGACUUCGAGCUGGCCAUCGAGCGCGUUUGCCAACUGCGCGGCUGGCAGAAGGACACGCCGAAGAACAAGGAGACCUACGACCUGAUGAUGGAAAUCUGGACUGGCCUGCGCUCCAAGGCCGACAAGGACAACGAUGGACAGGUCAGCGUGGACGAGUGGUGCAACAUGUGGGACGCCUAUGCCAAGGAUCCCAGCAGCGUGAUGGACUGGCAGAAUGCCUACAUGAACUUCAUGUUCGACCUGGAGGACGCUUCGCACGAUGGCGGCAUCGAUGUGACCGAGUUCACGCUGGUCUGCUCUAGCUAUGGCCUGGAGAAGACCGAGUGCGAGGAAGCCUUUGGGAAGAUGGCUCAGGGGCAGAGCGAGGUCACCCGGGAGCAGUUUGCUGCCUUGUGGAAGGAGUACUUCGCCGCGGAGGAUGUGAAUGCGCCUGGCAACUACAUUUUUGGAAAGACCAGUUUCUAAGACACAGCCAAAGAACUAGAGCUCCGAUACGGGACAUACUGAACAAAUGCAACAAGUGAAAUUAUUAUUAAAUUUAAUAUUACAAUUAUAUCUAUUGUCGACAGGGGAGGCAGAUCUCAGCCCUCCCGACUUGAUGAUCCGUCGUUGUUAGUUGAGUGUUGUUUUCUCUCCAAGAAUCUCAAGUUUUGCCCAAUUCAAUGUUCUAAUUUAGUAGCGUAAUCUGUCUGCAAACUAUUUAUAUUUUAUAUACCAAUGCUUCGAGUAAUGUGCAAGCUGCAGUAUUUCUACACAUACAUAUAUGCAAAAGUGUACCUUUACGAACUACGACUAUAUCUAGCUAUGAUAUCAAUUACGAGGUAGGAUCUCCCACAGAUCCGUAUCAAUGUGGUGCGUAAAUUAAAUCAAUUAAACUGUCAAAUUGUUAUGUGUGUGUAGUCGUCGUUUAUCGUCUUGCAUCUAUGGCGUAUAAAUUUAAAUGUAAAUGUAAAGUGUUCCAAGAAAUUACAAUAAUAAAAUCAAAGUAUCUAUACAAAUCUCGGCUCUCA